CCUCAAAUUCACCAUUCUUGAAACAAAACGCAAAUGGCGAAAACAAUCGUAGAGUUGGUGUUCAUCCCUGCGCCUGCAGUCGGUCAUAUCAUGUCUAUGAUUGAGAUCGCAAAACUGCUCAUCAGCCGGGAUCACCAAAUCUCCAUAACAGUCCUUGUCGUUAAGCCGCCGUCCACCUUCGGCUCCGCCAUCACUACCUACAUCGAAUCAUUAUUCAAGAACGCCAUGGAUCGAAUCUCCUUCAUCGCACUCCAUCAAGAUGAAACCCUACCAGUGCACGACACAAAAGUUGAUCCCAUGACCACCUUCAUUGAAUUUAUCAACAGUCAUUCCAAACACGUAAGGAAAAUUGUGGCCGGCAAGAUAAGUCAACAGGGUUCAACUCGGGUCGUUGGAUUCGUCGUCGACAUGUUGUGCACAGGGAUGACAGAUGUGGCAAACGAGUUUAAUGUUCCGACAUAUGUGUUCUUCCCUUCUAAUGCAGGUUUUCUUGGAUUUAAGUUAUACAUCCAGACGCUUUGUGAUGAUCAUAACGAAGACAUCGUUAAACUGAGCAGCUCAGAUUCCACAAUUUCCAUUCCGAGUUUUAUGAAUCCAGUGCCAACAAAGGUUUUUCCAGGGGUCGUUCAAACCCAAGAAGGGCUGGACUUUAUCCUGAGGUCUGCCCGGAAACUGAGAGAAGCAAGAGCGAUUAUUGUUAACACAUUCAUGGAACUGGAAACACACGCGAUUGAGUCAUUGUUGGAAGACAACACCAUUCCACCGGUGUAUCCUGUGGGCCCUAUACUCAACCUAGAAAGCAUUGCCGGAAAGGGGUCGGGUAAUGAUGACAUCAUCACCUGGUUGGAUAGUCAACCGCCUUCCUCGGUGGUGGUGUUGUGUUUUGGGAGUAUGGGAAGUUUUGAUGAGGUUCAAGUGAAGGAGAUAGCACAUGGUUUAGAGAGGAGUGGCCACCAUUUCGUGUGGUCUUUGCGUCAAACUUCGAUAGAUCAAAAAACAGGGGCGCCGACUGAUUACCAAGAUCCGAGAACGGUAUUGCCGGAAGGAUUUUUGGAACGGACUGCGGGGAUCGGAAAAGUGACUGGGUGGUUGCCGCAGGUGGCUUUGCUGGCUCAUUGUGCAGUCGGAGGGUUUGUGUCUCACUGUGGGUGGAACUCGUUGUUGGAGAGCUUGUGGUUUGGUGUACCAUCGGCGACAUGGCCAAUCUACGCUGAGCAACAGAUGAAUGCGUUUGAGAUGGUGGUGGAGCAUGGAUUGGCGGUGGAGAUAAAGUUGGAUUAUAAGAAGGAUUUUGUUAAUCACGAAGUUGAUAAAGUUGUAGUCACGGCGAAGGAAAUUGAAAGUGGGGUAAGACGACUGAUGGAGGAUAACAAGGUCAGAAGGAAGGUGAAAGAUAUGAUGGCGAAGAGUAGAGCAGCGGUGGUGGACGGUGGUGCUUCGUAUGAGUCUGUUGGCUCUCUUAUUUUGGACUUUAAAAGAAACAUCUCAUGAGUUUUCUUUGUAAGUGUUGAUGUAUGUUGGUAAUAGGUGACACAUGUCAUGAGAGUAUCCAAAAUACGAGC